UAUAUGCUCGUCGAUCCCCUUCAACUUCAAUAUUCAAGGCCGGUCACGCAGAAGAUACAUCGAGUGUCGCCGCAGAUGAUGGAGAAGAGUGGCUGCAGCAUCGUCAAAGCGGAGCCGCAGCAGCAGCUCUCGUCCACGAUCACCGCCGACCUCAAUUCCGAGGCUCUCCACUGCCCCAAAUGCCUGCACCCCCUGCCACGAUUCCAGUGCGCGGCCGGGCACGUCGUGUGUUCCUCCUGCCACGGCGAUCUCCCGGACAAGGCCAAAUGCGCCUCCUGCUUCGUCAAGCCCGCCGGCGGCUACACCCGCUUCUUCGUCCCCACCAGGUACACCCGCUGCCUGGCCAUGGAGCGCGUCCUGGGCUCGCUCCGCGUCGCCUGCCGCAACGCCCGGAAGGCCAGCGGCAGCGCGUGCUCCGCCGUCGCCAUGCCGUACCACGAGAAGGCCGAGCACGAGCGGACGUGCGUCGGCGUCCGCGUGUCGUCCGUCGUGGCCAUGGGCCCUUGCGGUGGCAUUGGGGGCGCGCCCUGGGAGAUGGACCUGCACGGCGUCGGCCGCGUCCUGAAGCUCGUCGUCCGCCAUGGCAGCGCCAUUGAUGCCAUGUCCGUCUGCUACGAGCGCGACGGCCGGGAGGAGCAGAGCACGCGGUGGGGAGGACCUGGGGGAAGGCGCUCCGAGAUCUGUCUGCAGCCGGACGAGUACCUCGCCGGCGUGAAAGGCCACGUGGGGCACUAUGACAACUGCCUUGUCGUGAGAUCUCUGACGUUCGUCACCAACGCCCGGCGAAGCUUCGGCCCGUACGGGAAGGAGGAAGGAGUGCCGUUCGCGCUGCCUGCAGCCGUAGCCGGCGGCAGAAUCAUCGGCUUCUUCGGCAGCUCUGGUCUCUACCUCGAUGCCAUUGGCACCUACGUCCAGAUGGAUUGACCAUCCAUCUCCUAAUUAAGUGCGUCUCAACUCUGUUAACCAAACAUGCAGCUGCUGGUUGCUGCUUCUGGACUUAAUUCUCUCUUGUGUAAUGCACUUGUCUUGCUUAUUAUGCUGUCAGUUGAUGAAUGAAUGUGUUACGGUCCGAACAGUGGCUGCCAAACUUGGAUAAUUCCUUGGAACUAGCCAACUAGGAGCACCUUUUGAAACAAG